AUGCCUACGUCGGCAUUGAUGCGUAACCAUGAUAGUGACGAAGAUGAAGAUCAGAUGCAGGGCCAAGACAUGACCCAGGACCAGGAAGUCACCGAAGAUGAAUCUGACAUUGAAAGUUCAGACGAUGCUCCUCUUUCGGAUUUACUAAGAUCUAACUAUUUCUAUGGGAAAAUAAAUAGAAAAUGGGCAAAGACGCCACCUUCUCUUAGAGUACAUGGUACAGGUUGUGAAAUAUUUAGAUGCGCAAUGUACGAAACAAGAUUUCUAAUCUUGCUCUUAUGUCUUCGAUUCGAUAAUCCUGAUGAUCGCAAUGAAAGGAUAAAGACUGACAAACUGGCUGCUGAAUGCUGGCUGAAUUUCCAACAAGUGAUUAACUCUCAAUAA